CAAGUAAUACCAAACCGGAGUUCAAGCUUUUCGUUCACCUCUCUGCUUCAGACUUCAGCGUCCUGCGUCCUGCGUCCUGCGUCCCGCCACCGAGAGAAGGUAAAAAGAGCAAGCAUAAGGUAGAGAAAGACAAAAACCAGGGAGCAGGUGAACUACUUGCUCCUGCUAUUCUUUUAAUGUAUAUGUCGUCUUGGAAUUGUGAUCAAUUGGGGGAUACCCGUUUGAUCAAUCUGGGAAUAGAGUGUAUUUUGAUCAAUUUAGGUAGUACCCAUUUGAUCAACCUGGGAAUAUAGUUUGUCUCAGGAUCCAAAUUUUGAUUAAACUUGUGUCUAUAUGGCUUUUUUCCAGCUGAACCACCAAAAGCUUAGAAAUUUGGGUUUUAUAGUCUGGGUUUGAAAGAAUUGAUGCCUUUUCUGGUUUAAUUCAUAGUUUUUAGGGAUUUAUGUAGUGGGUUGUUGCUGUAAGUUGUGGAUUUUAUGGAGGGUUUUCAAGGCGGGAAUCAUCGCAUGGAAGAGGAUUCGCAGGUAAGGGUUUCGCAAUCUGAGUUUAAGCCCACUGAGUGUAUGCAGUUGGUGCAAAAUGAAGCGGGUGUGGGAGACAUUGCAACUGGGAGAACUCCAGAUAAGAGUAAGAGGGAUGAAUGGAGCGAAGGUGGAGUCUUGAGCUUGCUCGAUGUGUAUGAGUCGAAAUGGUUGUUAAGGAACCGUGCUAAGCUGAAGGGGAGUGAUUGGGAAGAGAUAGCUCGGCAGGUUUCUGGCCGUGGUUGUGGGACAAAAUCUGUCAAGACACCCAACCAAUGUAAGAACAAGAUAGAAUCCAUGAAGAAAAGGUAUCGGGCAGAAUCAGCUCUUAACAACUCUGCUUCAGGUUCUUCUUGGCAAUUCUAUGCUCGGAUGGAUGGUUUGUUAAAAGGAAACUACUCUUCUCAGUCUAAGGGUCUGGAUGGUUGUGCAAAUGGGGCAGCCGAGUUGGGUCCGCAUGCUUUGCCAAAGGUAGAAAUGGAUGAUUCACAGCAUGUUCUGAAACGUGUUAAUGAAGCUGGAGCUGCCCAUCCUCAGGUCAUUGGAAAGACUCAAAAUUGUGAGAUCGUCGAUGUGGAAGCCGAUGGGCACAUGCAAGAUAGCAAUCAAGAUGAUGGGUCUAACACAGUUCCUGACAAUAGGAAGGAGAGUAGAGGUACAGAUAGUGAUUUAAGUACGCCCAGGAGCAAGACUGCAGAUGGGACUGCCAAAGUCAAUUCCUUAAAGCGAAGGAAGAGCUUAAUAACUGAUGUGGCUGAGAGUAUAAGGUUACUAGCCCAUUCAAUUUUGAAGAUUGAACAGGCAAGGAUGGAAAUGUAUAAGGACACGGAGCGCUUGAGGGCAGAGGCAGAGAUCAAGAGAAGCGAAAUGGAACUUAAGAGAACAGAAAUAAUAGCUAAAACUCAGUUGCAGAUUGCAAAACUUUUAGCUAGAAGACCAUGUAAAAAAGUCAACAGUAGUGGCAGUUCAUUAUUGAGGCCCGAACCAACUAUUCCCACAAACAAGAGGGAAGAAAUGAAACAGUGUUAUGUGGAUUCUCUCCUAAAUGGAUGAAGUUAAACAGACACACGUCAGAUUCUGACACUCAAUGGCCUCUUGAGGGAUGCUUAGAUGGUGACUGAAAGCUGUAGAUGGUGAGUGACCUUCAGAAGCACUGAUCUGAUGUCAGUUUUUCUUUGGCAGCGUAACAUAAACUGGUGGUUUCCAGAAAAUUGAGUAAAUAACAUUUAAUUGUACUUAUAUGACAUAAAUUCUUAUAUUAUGCUAAUAAUUUCAAAAUUUGGGGAGACUGGAAAAAUUAGAAUCAGAAAGACCAUGAUAAAGAGACUGAAUGAUCAAGACAAAUAUCCAAAAAUUUGACCUAUCACCAACUAGUAUUUGCUAUAAAGUUACUUUAAUCUUUCAGAAGUACAAAUCUAUGUAUUGCAUCUCUAGUCUAGACUUUGCACCAAGUGAUUCAGAAUCUUGUUUUCCUGAGAAUUCAUUUGAAAUGUUGGAAACCCCAUGUGGGUGUAAA